AUGCAACGCAGGACCGGUCGCGUAAAAGGUGUAGGACACUCGUCAAGACUAGGUCAACUCGUGCUGGGCUUCAAUUUUCCAUCUGGUCGUGCGCAUCAUCUGCUUCGCAAGGGCAACUACGCUGAAGGCGUUAGUGCCGGAGCUCCGGCGUACCUGGCAGCUGUGAUGCAUUACUUGGCCGCUGAGGUUCUCGAGUUGGCUGGUAAUGCUACUUGCGACAACAAGAAGAUCCUUAUCAUCCCUCACCACUUGCAAUUGGCCAUGCGUAACGAUGAGUAG